AUCUAGGAUAAAUUUCUACCCGGGGCAAAACAACAAAACACUAGUAAUAUAUUUAUAAAUUUAAAUUUUCAUCCAAGGUAUUAAUAAAAUUCUAAGCAAAAUUACACUUAAAAAAAAAUUCAUGGGGGGCAGCUGCCCCACCCACUCCCCACCUAGUUCCGCCACUGGUGAUAUACGAGUUAAUAGUUAUUACCAUAUUAAAAAAAUUUACAAAAAAAUAAUAUUUAAGGAAAAUUGUACAUGUCAUAAUAAAGUUAUGUCAUAUCAUUUUUCUUGUUGAAAUUGAAUGUGAUGAUGAAAUACGUAAAUCACUUAGUAAACAGUGUUUAGGGACUGAAUCAGUUUAAAAUUAAUAAAAAAAUAACCAGUUAAAAUUAACAAAAAUUAUCAAUGAAUACCAUACUAAAUUUGAAUUUUACGUUAUAAGAAGUUUAGAACACGUAAUAUCAGUGAAAUUAAUGAAGCGUACAUGCUGUAAUUCUCCUUUGGUCAUGGACACAUGAAGCAUAUUCUUAUGGCAUGCUACUUACCUCUUUAAUUGAUCUAAUCCAUACCAUUACUCACCAAAAAUAACUCUCGUUAUAAGCUUUCGGGAUUUCAUGAUCUGUUUAACUGAGUUUUGUGUUUUGAAAAAAACAAUAAAAUUUGCAGUUGUAUCUUUUUCCCUUAUCAUAACAAACGAAAAUGCAACCGAACCAGGAGGAAAUUGAUGAAGCUUUGGCAGCGUCUCUGCUGUAUGAUGAUCCUGAAUCGACAAUUUGUGAUACAGUUACAUUAAGGCAGAUUCAACAGCAACAAGGUAAAUCAUUCCUUUUUUUUUUAAAAAAAAAAGGUAAAUCAUUCCUAAGAUUUGUUUUAAUGACUGUUUGAUGUAUUGCUUUUGAUAUAGAAUUAGUUUAAAUGACAUAAAAUCAAAAAUAUUUAAAAUUUAAAUAAUUAAUAUAAGAAAUAAAUUAGAGGGUAAAAAGUAAAUAUAAUUAAGCCUGUUAGAAUUUAUAUAUUAAGAUUUUUAUGUGUUAUUAUAAACGAGAUUUUGAGUUAAUUUUAAUUUAAGAAUUAAUAUACAUAUUUCCAUAUCUAUAAGUAAAAAUUAAAAUAAUAGAUAUGUACUAACUAAUACAUUUAUUGUAGCUAAAUCACAAUUAUCUCUCCAUUUAUAUUCUAUAUUAUACAAGAUUCUGAUAUAAGUUGGUAUCCAUCUAGUAUGAUAAGUAUUUUCACAAAUUCAAGAGGUGUAUGUAACUUAUAAAUUCUUAUAAUGUCUUAUUGAUAUCUUACGCUACUACCAAAAGUAUCUUUUAAAAGACUAUACUAUAUUAUUUGUAAAAAAGGUGUUCAGGUCUUAUUGUGUCGCAAAAACUCAAAGAAGUUAGUGUGCACUGUUCAUUACGUGACCGUAAAGAACUUGCAGGACCUAAAAUUCCAACUAGCCAUUUCACUCCCUCUCCCUUCUUUUUUCUUCCUAUCUCUAUCUACCUUCUAACUACAAAACUAAUAUUUUUCUCAAUAUAGUCAUUCAGCAAAUUAACCUAUUAGAAUUAGGUAAUAUCUAUUUUUUUGUUGCCAAUUAAAAUGUGGAUUUUAUAUUUGAUAUGAGAAGAAUUAGGCGUUUUGUUAGAUGUAGGAUCCCUUUACAGGUACACUUGUAUGUAUAUAUAUAUAUUAAUAUACCAAUUUUCACUCAUCAGCUGUCGUGAGUUCUUGACGUUGGUUGAAAUUUCACUUUAAACUCUGAGUUUGUGGUAUUUUGUAAUAUAAUUAAUUAAUUUAUUUUUAUUUUUCUUCCUUCCUUCUAAGCAUAUUUUGUAAAUGAAAUUGAUAUCAAAUGUUGUAUCACUUAACUUGAUAUUCUUUUCAAACAUAUUUUCAUCUUGUAGUGAUGAUCCCUCCGCUUAGGGUUUGUCCUCCUGAGUGUCCUCAGCGAUUUGUCUGGCCGUACUGUCCUGUUCCGUAUCCUCACGGCCAUGAUACUCUGCCAUUUGUUUGCCUGUAUUGUCCCGUUCCAUAUUUUCACGUCCAUGAUUGCCCUCCGGUAGUAAUAAUGACUAUAUCGUAAACGUUUGUUUGUUUUUAAGCUCUAAGAAGAAACACAUUCAUUUUUUUUUUGUUGACUGAAGGCUUAGAAACACAUUAAUUUGCGAAAAAUCUUUCCUUUCUUAUAAUAUGUUAGAGUAGAGAAGCAUUUACUGGCCAUAUCUAUGGUAAUAGCUCCACAGACAUGUAUAGACGUAGUUUCUCGGAUAUAGGGUCAAGUAGUGGACACGGUGAUUCCGAAAAUAUGAACGUGGAGGUAAACACAAUGUCAAACAGAAAAUUUCAUCCAUACUAACUCCUAUUUCAUGAUAUAAUCUAAUAUAUAUGUAUAUAUACCCCUGACUUUUGUUCUCUCGGUGAGCAGGUAGUGAAUGAGUUAAUAGAAUCAGUGGGAGACGUCAAUAGAGGAUUACCUCAAUCAAAAGUCUCCCGGUUGCCAACUCAUAAGUACGGAGAAACACCCAAAUGCAGGUGGUGGUGGGAAAAGAAAAAGAAGUUUGUCUCAGAUGAUUCGCAGUAUGUUCAUAUCACUGUAUAUUCUUCAACUUGUUUACAUAUAAUUUUACCACAACUUCUUUACAUAUACAGCUUGUGGGUCCUCAUUUCUAUAUAUUUUUUUAAUGUUGUGUGUAUUGAUUUACUAUACCAUGAUUAAUCCAUAUAAGAAUCUGAUAGUUUUGGUUAAAACAUAUACAAGUUUUAGUUUAGACCAUGCUUUUAGUUUUAGUUUGAUUUAGUUUUGUGGUGACGUUAUAGGUGUUCGAUAUGCCUAAUCGACUAUGAGAAGGGAGAUAGAAUAACCACUUUGACCCCUUGUAAUCAUAUCUACCAUACAGAUUGCAUUUCAGAGUGGUUGAAAAAAAGCACGGUAUGAUCAUAAAUUCAGUUUAGAAUUUCAUUUCAUAUUUAUAAACAUGCUACGUUGGCAGAACUGAAAAUUCAUUUAUAUAUUCUUUUAAAUGAAAUUGAAAGUUACACCCAAAAGAUAUUCAUAUCCAAAAACUAAUGCAAUUAUACAUUAUUGUUUAUGCAGGUAUGCUGUGUGUGCAAACGCAAGGUCUAUUGUUAAAGUGUUAAAUAGUAAUUUAUCACCGGAUAAAAUAAUGAAACUCGAAGAAUUGUCAUCCAUGGUGGAAAUUCCUUUCCUCUUUUCUAUUUAUCGUAUUUUAAUGUUUUAAAUGUGUUAACUGAGUAACUAUAUAAAGAUUUGUUCUGCAUAUGAUGUGAACAUGUUAGAAAUAUAGCAAACGUGUCAAAUCAGAUAAGUCAAAACUUUGAAACAUAAAAUGAAAAUGCAAGAAAAAUAAAGUAAUAUAAUUCACGGCAUAGAUAGUUAAACGAGUUUUAUUUUUGUUGAAUUAUAAUGUUAAAAGAAUUGAAGCACUGGCUUGACACACUAAUCACAUCUACUACAUUUUCUCUAAGAGACCAAAAGAUAUAAGACUCUUUCCAAAACUCUUCAACCGUGUCUUACAAAUAUUUGAAUCCUUUCACGCAUUGCCGUGUCAGUUGAAGACAAAAUAAUACGGCAUUAGCUGACCUCCCAAUAUUGGAGCCUCAAGUUACCAAAUCUUUAACAUCAACAAGUCUAUUGCUUUUUUUUUUAUCAAUAAGUCUAUUGUUUAUAAAUCAUAACUAUAAGAAAAAUCAAUAUAGUCUGCUCAACAAUGAAUCCAUUAUGACCCAAAAAUAAAAUUUUAAAAUUAAACAGUAAACCUUUCUUGGUUUCUGAUAAAUCAUCAAAUUAAAGAUGGUAGUUACCCAAUGUUUCCAAGCUGUGUCAAGAUUGUAUGUGUUAUCAUUUGUAGAAAUAGUAAGAUUCUACAUGUUUAUUAAUAGAUCAGGUGAGUUCCCAUAAUUUAAAUAACCAAAAAACUUCUACGGGCUUGCACAAGAAUGGUAAAUCUCCCUCCAACAGUUGCUUAUGAACCAUUAUAUUCAUGGAUAAUGUGGUUUCUCUGGACAGAACCAACUCAUUGAAGAAAAAUCUUUUUAUUUAAUAUAGUAAUUUACAUCUAUGCUAAUCAUAACAAAGUUUUACAUGUUACUUUUAUCUAAUAAUAAAAUGAUGCAAACGAAAUAACUCCUACAAAAAUUUAACUUAUCAAUAAAAUAAACUUAAAUUAUUUGAAGUUAGUCAUUACAAAUAAUAUAUAUCUAUAUAUAUAUAUAUAUAUUGAUAACUUUUUAUUUUAUUUAGGAAAUUUGGUUUUCGUUAUUUCUUUACUAUUUCAUACACUCAUGCGCAUUAUAUGGAAGGCAUUCCAGAUCAAAUUUCUGCAUCUUUAUGGAAUUCACAAUAAUUUUUAUCUAGUAUUUGCAAUUUUUUUAUUUAAAAUAAUUUUAUUGAAUAAUUUUAUGUGUGUUUUGAUUAUUGUAUUUGAUUUUUUUUAUUUUUCAGAAUAAACAUUUUAUUUUUGAGAACAAACAUUUACUUUUAAUAAAAAAAGUUAUUUUAUUAAUUGAAAAUUAAAAACUGAAAACCAAAAUCUAAAACAACCAUUCAUGUUUUUCAAAAAAUUAAAAUCUACUACAAAAUAAAAAAAAAACAAAAACUAAAAACCAAAAUUUAAAAACUAAAAUCCAGAAAAUGUGAAUAUAACCAACAGAAGAAUUGGAAUCACUUUAACAUUAUAGAAAUUAAUCUGUUUAAAAUAAACAAAAUUAAAUCUUGGGUAACAUAUUAAAAGUGAAGUUGACGUUAUAAGAAUUUUAAACCCAAAACAUUAGUGGAAAUUAAUGAACAUUACCUGGUCAUAAUGCUCAUUUAGUCACGAGAACAUGACACAAAUUUUUACAGCGUGCUAAUUACCUCUUUAAUUGAUCUAAUUAAUUUCAUUAAUCACAAAAAUAACUCUUACUAAAAAAAUUCCAGGGUUCCAUAAAAUGGUAAGUGAUGGGAAUGAUUGUGGCCUGAUUCCUUUUGAGUUUCUGACAAUCUUUCCGUCUGUAGUUUUUCCUUUAUAUAACAAACAAGAAUGCAGCCAAACCAGGUGGAAAUUGAUGAAGCUUUGGCAGCGUCUCUGCUGUACGAUGAUCCUGAAUCGAUAAUUUACGAUGAAGUUACUCUGGCGAAAGAAUGGCAAGAUAUGGAAGGCAAUCCUCAAAUCUCUCUAAGUGAUGACGAAAAAUAUGCUAAAAUGUUGCAAGAAGAAGAAUGUAUGUGUUUUCUUAUCGCUGUUUUAGAUUAUUUUAUUUGUCGAAUACAAGUUUUAAAAAAGAGGUUGGAGGUGAUGUACAAUUUGAAUGGUUCGACCUCCCUUCACUGUGGAAGUUCAUCACAUCAACAAGGUCAUGUUGGGGGUUCCAUAGAUACUUCAUCUCACAGUUUUCAGCCUCCUCCUCCUAGUGGUGAUGUUGAUCCUGACAAUAUGACUUAUGAGGAGAAUCAAUUGGAGCGGUCAACAAAGGAUUGUCCAAGAGUACAAUCGAUCAAAUACCAACGCAUAAAUUUGGCGCGAGUUCGUGGUUUAGAAAGAAAGCUUCUAGCUCCGGAGAAACUGAGUAAGAACUAUUUUAUUGUUUUAUUGUUUCGUGUAUGAAACUAUGAAUAGUUUAUCUAUAUAUAUUAUCCAUCAUUCUUUUAUAUUUUAGUUACAGAAUAAAUAUUAUCUUUUCAGCAUUUUUGUAUUUUUACAAAGGAACAAAUAUAUCAUUAAUGAAAACUAUAUUUUAAAGUCUCUGAUAAUUAAAUUUAUUUUAGAAAAUAUAUUUCGUAUAGAUAAAACUGAGAACUCAAAAAAAAUUAAGACCCGUUUAAGAAAUAAAGAUUUUUUUGCAUCAUUUAUUUGGUGUUUAUGUUGGGAUUCUUAUUGGUUUGUAUUGGUUUCGAGGAAUAUUGAAGGUGUUCGAUAUGUCUUAUUGAAUUCAAGAAAGGAGAUACGAUAUCGACUUUGCCAUGUGCUCAUAUCUAUCAUAAGGAAUGCAUUUCACAUUGGUUGGAGGAAAACAAGGUAUGAACAUAAUUAAUUUUGACUAUUUUGUCUACAUAAAUCUAUAUUUUUAUAGUAUACUGGAAGAUACUUUUAAAAUAACAAGAAUUACAUUUUAAAUGUUAUUGUUUUAUAUAUGCAGAGUUGCUGCGUUUGCAAAGCUGAAGUUGGACCAUAAUGCUAAUACCAGUUGUACUGUUAUAUUAGAAUUGAGUGAGUAAAUGAAAACAAAAAACAGUAUUAAAGUUAAUAGCAAUUGCUAGAUUGUUAAUAGAAAUAGUAAAAGUAUAAAUCAAAUAUAUGGUUGAAAAUAUAGAAUGCUAUUUAAUGAAAUUUCAAUAUUGAAUUCGUUUUGUAUUUCCGUAUGUCGUUGAAGGUAUUUAAUUUGCUUGAUAAUUAUAUUUAACCUUCAAAAUAAUAAAUGAUAAUUGAAUGUGAAAUUCAAUUUUAGCAUUCAAAACAGAUAAGUAAACCGUAUAAAUCUCAUAUAUAUUAAUUGAAGAACAUUUGAAAAUAUGUAACCUCAAUUUUGUAAUAAUUAAAAAAAAAAUUUUGCUUAUGUGUCAAUCAAUUAGGUAGUUAAUUAAUCCUACGUGUCAGCCUCACAUUGAAAUUGAAAAACAUGUUGAUCCAAUUCGAUUUUUAUAUCUCACUAGAAACAUUUAUUUAAUACCAAUUAUAUGAUAUCAUAUGAUAU